AAAAAACAAUGAUCUUUUCGAAAAUUAAGGAUUUUGGUUUUUAUUGUUAAAGAAAAAAAAGAGAUUUUGGUUUUUAUUGUUAAAAGAAAAAAAAAAAGAUUUUAAUUUUUAUUUUGUUUACUGUGAUUUUUCCUUUAUGUAAAAGAAAGAGAGAUCUAGCCUUUAAUAAGUUGUGUUUUGAUUCUGGAAAGACCAAUUCCUCUACUAACCAUUAAAAGAGGUAGCAUUAUCAUUGCUUGAGAUAAUUGUUCUCUUAUACGUGGUCAAGUCUACGCAGCAAGUUUGAACCAGUUGAUGAAUUGACCAUAAAUCACAUGGCUUUCGUUCCUCCACUUUAACUUGUGCCUCACUUCAGAUCUGCUUGGCUCCUCAAUAUAUAAGUUUCAUUUUAAUCAUAGGCUGGACUUUGACUUGCCCUUUCAAUUUGGCUGCGUUAGUGAAGAUAUAAUUUUCAAUUCUACGCAAAGGAAAACAAAGAAAUAAAGAAAGAAGCAAACAAGUGUAGGGUGAUGGGCGAGCCUGUUACAACGAUUUGCACGACGGUUGUGGCCGAAUUAAUCAAAGAUCAAAUCUAUUGGUGCGUGAGACAUGUGAAUCGACUUUGUCACUGUGCAACUCACAGAAGGCAUGUAAAGACACUGAAUGAACAGCUAGAAGAACUGGAGAAAUACAGAAAUGAAUUGUCAAGGGAUGUUGAGUCGAAGAAACAAAAACUAGAACAAAUUCACAAAGAGGUUACCGAUUGGCUCCAUGAAACAGAGAAUAAUAUCUUUGAAAAGCGUGAAGAGGCAGAGCGUGCAAGCCAAAACUUUUGCUAUUUCACAUUCCAUCCAAAAGCAACGAUUGAUGAGGACACCUUUCUACAGAUCAAAAAUAAAAUAGAUGACUUGAUCAGACGUUACAAGGAUUUUGAUGGCCGAUAUUCUUAUCCUAAUAAUUAUUUUGACAAAGAUUACAUGUCUUUUGAGGGAAGAAGAAGAAUUUCAGAAGAUGUAAUGAAUGCACUCAAAGAUCCCACUGUUCAGAUGAUUGGGCUGUGUGGAAUGGGCGGCAUCGGCAAGACCACACUUGUAAAAGCAAUAGCUCGACAAGCAAAAGAAGUGAAUCUGUUUGAUAAGGUGAUGGAUAGUGUUGUUUCUCAAACUCCUGAUUUUUCAAAAAUUCAAUGUGAAAUAGCAAAUCAUCUUGGUUUUAAAUUCGACACUGUUGAGACCGAACCCAUAAAAGCAGAUAAGCUUCGAAGAGAGUUAAGUAAACAAGUGAAGGUUUUGAUUAUUUUUGAUGAUAUUUGGAAGGAAAUAAAUCUGUUUGAAAUUGGAAUACAUUUUAAUGAUGAUCAAAAUGGAUGCAAGAUUUUAUUCACUUCAAGACGUCAAGGUUUAUACGUUUCUACUUCUACAAGUGAGUUUGCUCUCAGUCUUUUGAAAGAGGGUGAAGCAAAGGAGUUAUUUCACAGAGUUGUUGGCGAAACACUUGAUGAAGAACGCGAAGACCUCUCAAAGGAAUUGGUUUCAAAAUGUGGAGGACUUCCGCUUAUUAUUAAUGUAGUUGCAUCUGCAUUAAGAAGAAAACCUGCAUAUAGAUGGAGGACUUUCUUAGAAAAAAUGAAAAUAGCAGACCCGGAAAAUGUUGGUGAUGAAGUGAAGUUAGUGUUUCAACGUAUAAAGCUUAGCUACCAAUUUUUGGAUAGCGAGGAGGCCAAAUCACUACUAUUGCUUUGCACUAUAUUUUCAGAAGAUCAACUCAUAUCUGAUGAUGAUUUGUUAAUGUACAGUGUGGGUUGGCCCUUGUUAAAGCAUGGCAACACAUUGCAGAAUGCAAGAGACAAUCUGCACACCCUAAUAGAUACAUUGAGAGAAAAUUAUCUAUUGUUGCCUAGUGAUGUAAGAAGAAAUCACAUUCGAUAUCACCGGGUCAAAGUUCAUGAUGUAGUCCGUGAUGCUCUCAAAUCAGUUGCCUCGGAAAGGAAUUGGUUUCCUCUGUCUAAGUAUGCAAAGAAUGGAGAAUUGCCUAAAGGUGACCUCAAAGAUGAUGUUGCAACUUCGUUGCAUAAUGAUUUUACCAAGAUGUUUCCUGACAAAUUGGCAUGCCCAAAUCUUGUUUCAUUCAUUGAUGAUGACUUUAACGAUGAAAAAUGUAUUUUGGAUGGCUUUUUUGAAGACACAAAAAUGCUAAAAGUUCUGAAGUUGUAUCGUGUUGAUCUGUGCUCACCACCUUCAUCCUUUAGUUGUCUAUUUCAGAGUCUCGAAACUCUUUGUCUAAACAAUUGUGACUUAGAAGACACAACAUUUCUCGGAAGUUUCAAGAAAUUAAAAUGUCUAGAUCUUUCAGAGUCUAGAUUUAAAACAUUGUCAAAACAGGUGGGUCAGCUAACUCAUCUACAAUUGUUAAAUUUAGAUUUUUGUGGAGAUCUCAAAGUGAUUGAACCUAAUGUUAUCUCAAGCUUGAUAAAUUUAGAAGAGCUGUACAUGAGACGUGUGAAGAUAGCAUGGGAGGUUAUAAAAGUCAGCAGUGAAAGAAGUAAUGUCAGUCUUGCAGAGCUAAAGAAUUUGCCCCGGCUGAACACAUUAUAUUUGGAAUUCCAAAAUGAUACUUGUUUGUCAAAAGAUUUCAUCUCUAGAAACAUGAAGGGGUAUCAAAUAAUUGUAGGUAGUGAACCUGACUUUUACUUUUGUUACAACUUCUUCGAAUCAUAUCCAAGAGCCUUCAUGUUGGAGCUUCACAAUGCUAAUUUGAUAAAAGAAUGUGGUUUUGAUAAGCUUAUGAAAGAAUGCCAAGCAUUGCGGCUUAGUGGAUGUGAAGAUGUCACCAUUGAUAUUUACGUAUCAAAUGCUGAUGGUUUCCCUGAAUUAGAGGUCUUUGAAUUACAUGAUGCUUCUAAUGUUAGAUACUUGAUGGAGUGCAAUCAUCCUGUUUUUCAAAACUUGAAGAAUUUGAAACUCGCAAGACUGCCAAACCUGCAAAAGAUGUAUGCUGGAGAAUUGGUAGCAGGCUCAUUUAGUAAAUUAAAAGAUGUGAAAGUAAGUGAAUGUCACACACUGAAAAGUCUGUUUCCAGUCUCAAAUAUUGUUGGACAGCUUGAAGAAAUGGAAGUAGAGUCUUGUGAUAUGAUGGAGAACAUUGUUUUCCAUAGAAGAGAAAAUGGCACCCACCAGAAGUUUGAGUUUCUCAAACUACAGAAAUUGGUUCUAAAAAGAUUACCAAAAUUAAUUCAAUUCUGUAAGGUUGAGUGGGAUCAAAAUUUGGCUACUUCAUCAUCAUUAGAUUCGUCACCAAGCACCACUAUAUUCCCAUUUUUUAUGGAAGAGGUGGUAGCAUUUCCUAUUUUGGAGCAAUUACGUUUGAGUUCGCUUGAUUGUGUAGAGAUGAUUUGGCAAGAUCAAGUCCAAGAAGUUUCAUACAUGCAGAAUUUAAAAGAUUUACAUGUUGAGAAGUGUCACAAGUUAAAAUAUCUUUUUUCUUCUAUUGUGGCGAGAAGUUUGGCUCAACUUAAAACUCUAAAGGUAGAAGAGUGUGAGAAUAUGCAAGAGAUUAUAGUCAUAAAAGAAGCAGGAAAUGAAGAAGGAAGUUCCAUGGAGACUAUUUGUUUCCCUAAACUAGAGGAGGUCAAUCUUUCUUCUCUUUCAAACGUCAAAACUUUCAGUGGUGGAAAGCGUUUGGCAAUCAAAUGUCCAUCCUUGAAGAGAUUGAAAAUAAAGAAAUGCCCAAAACUGAAGACAUUCCACAAAAGUUGCAGCAAUGAAAUUGAAGCAGCAGAAGAGCGUUUGUUCAAUGAAAAGGUGGUAUCAUUUCCUAUUUUGGAGGAAUUACAAUUGUGGGGACUUGAUUCUGUAGAGAUGAUUUGGGCAGAUCAACCUCAAGAAGUAUCAUACAUGCAGAAUUUAAAAGAUUUAACUAUUUCUAGAUGUCAUAAGUUAAAGUAUCUGUUUUCUUCUGCUGUGGCAAGAAGUUUCAUUCAACUUACAAAUCUAGCAGUGGGUGAGUGUAAGAAUAUGGAAGAGAUUGUAGUGAUAAAAGAAGGUGGAGAAGAAGAAGGUAGUUCCAAUGACACCAUUUCCUUCCCUAAACUACAGUACCUUGAGCUUGAUGGUCUUGAAAACCUCAAAAGGUUCAGUGGCGGAAAGCAUUUGGCAGUGGAAUGUGAAGGAUUAAUGAAGAGAAGUUGUAGGAAUGAAUUUGAAGAAGCUAAAUUACAACCUUUCUUCAAUCAAAAGAUAUCAUUUCCUAUGUUGGAGAAAUUAGAAUUGAGUUCACUUGAUUCUGUAGAGAUGAUUUGGGCAGAUGAACUUGAAGAAGUAUCUUACAUGCAGAAUUUAAAAGAUUUAAAUGUUGAUUAUUGUGGCAAGUUAAAGUAUGUUUUUCCUUGUGCUAUGGAAAGAAGAUUGGUUCAACUUAGAAAACUGGUGGUAUGUGGGUGUCAUAAUAUGGAAGGGAUUUUAGUGAUAAAAGAAGGAGGAAGUGUGAUGGAGGAGCUUCACCUUAUAAAUCAUCAUCCAAUGGCCUUGGAGAGAUUGAAUAUAACAGACUGCCCAAAAGUAAAGAUGAUGAAGAGUUGGAGGAGUAGAGAAGUCGUAGAGGGUGAAGACCAUACGUUCACUGAAAAUAAGGUACGCCACUCUGACUGCUUCCUGGAUUUAUGACUGACCCUACAGACCAACACGAGUAUUUCUAGCGUGCUUUGUCCUCACUCGCACGCUUCCUGGGAAAACUUCCCAGGAGGUCACCCAUCCUAAAAUUGCUCCAGGUCAAGCACGUUUAACUGUGGAGUUCUUUCGUGAUGGGCUACCGAAAAACAAGAUGCACCUUGUUGAUAUAGGUAGUACCAAUCAAUCCAUUUAAGCCCUCUUCAACUGUGUAGUCCCAUACCUAAACAGUCUCAGAAUCAUCCCACUUGACCUUCCCUAAGCGGUGUGGGAUUGCACAGCUUACCCGGUAUUUUCCCUUACGGAUCACGGGACUACUGACUGUCACAAUCACCCCCCUUACGGGGUCCGACGUCCUCGUCGACCACACUUCCGGCUGGGUCAAGGCUCUGAUACCAUUUGUAACGUCCCGGCUUCAAGCCUCCAUUAGGCUCUUACACCCACGGAGUAAUGGCUCUUAUACAUAGGUACGCCACUCUGACUACUUCCUGGAUUGAUGACUGACCCUACAGACCAACACGAGUAUUUCCAGCAUGCUUUGUCCUCACUCGCACGCUUCCUGGGAAAACUUCCCAGGAGGUCACCCAUCCUAAAAUUGCUCCAGGUCAAGCAUGCUUAACUGUGGAGUUCUUUCGUGAUGGGCUACCGAAAAACAAGAUGCACCUUGUUGAUAUAGGUAGUACCAAUCAAUCCAUUUAAGCCCUCUUCAACUGUGUAGUCCCAUACAUACACAGUCUCAGAAUCAUCCCACUUGACCUUGCCCAGGCGGUGUGGGAUUGCACAACUUACCCAGUAUUUCCCCUUACGGAUCACGGGACUACUGACUUUCACAAGUAUGUUGAUUUAACAACCUAAAUAUGAACUUCUAAAACGAUAGAAAAUUAAACACAUAAAAGUAAUAGAAAUCUUACAUAUGGUGCAGCGGAAUAUAUGUCUCCUCCCACUCAGAUCUCUAACCCUUGAUUCCUUUUUGUCGCAGAGUAUAAUCAAGAUCUGAGCCCGAAUGUCCUUCUUUGUUGAUUCUGAAUUCUACACAGCCUUCCUCACUAUGAUUGAGGUAUUACUUGAUGUGUGUGGGCACUACUCUAUCACUUAGAGGAUUUCGAAAAAUAGAGAAGGUAGAGAGAGAGAGAGAGAGAGAGAGUGGCGGCUUCAAGAUGAAUUUUGAGUGAAAGAAAAUAAUGUCAAAGUGUCUGUACAACUUGAAGCCUUUUCCUUUUAUUUAUAGAAGACCACAUUGGGGUCAUGGUUGAAUUACUUGGCAUUAAAAAAUGAAAAGUAAAUGGGAAAAGGGAAGCAAGGUGGCCGGCCUAGGCAAUGUGGAAACA